AUGGAACUUCUUCCUCAGGGUCAAGCAAAUACCACAGAGGUUUUGUGGGAGGACCAGCAGAAAAUAAACGAGUUUUCGUCUCUAAUCAACAAAAAAGACACGUUGGCCGACCAGCUCGACACAUACAAAAAUGAGAAGGAAUAUAUCGAUGAUCUAGCCAUGGAGAUCGAACUUUUGGACGACGAAGAAAAAAUACAGUACAAGAUUGCAGAUGCUUUUGUUUUCGUCAGCGUCACGAAAGCUGUGGAGAUGAUCGAGAAGGAAAACGAGCUUUUGGAUUCCAAGAUCUCUCUAAUUUCGGACCGCAUUGACGAUAUCGACUCUCAGUUGUCGAUGUUAAAGGCACACUUAUACGGCAAGUUUGGGAAAAGCAUCAAUCUCGAGCGGGAUUAG